AUGAUUCAAGAUUAUUGUUGGUCUGUAGGAGGGCUGUCUCCAUCAGCCAAAGUACCUGAACUUGACCUAGAAAAAAUAACAGAUUCAGAUGAUGAGUAUGAUGCAUUGUACACACCAGUAAGUAAGGAUUACCCUCGUUUUGGACCUCCUGAUUCUACUUCAACUGUUAGCUGGGGAUCACCAUUGCAGGCACCAUUAGUGCCGCAUUAUAAAACACAUCAGCCUCAUUGCCUGCGGGAGGAGAAGAUAAUUCCUGAAAACCUACCUUCUCCUUCUGAUCAGUAUAUGCUGAAGUAUAAGCAGUAUGAAAUGGAAGUAAAGGAAAACUACAAGCAAUAUUCCCAGAGAAUAGCAGACAAAAAUUGUGUUGUUUCAGAACCACAGAAAUUUGAAAGGGGAAUACAUGCUAAGCAGCCAGUUGUUAAGCAUGAAGAAGAAAAUUCUAAUGAACUGACAGCUCUAGAUGAGAAGGUGCAAAUUCAACAGUGUUAUACCAGCAAACCCUAUACUGUACAACAUACUGCACGCAAGUCAGAUGCUGAGGAUGAAGCUGCAGAGAAGAGGAAACAGGCUGUUGUGGAACAGGUGAUGGUGGAUCAGUUAUCAAGAGCUGUGAUAAGUGACCCUGAACAAAACUACAUUGCAGAUAACCACAGUGGCAUGCAGAGUUCAUUUGCAGAAUUUGGGGCUGUGCCUCACAGAUUCAGAAACAGAGCAUUACAUCACACCAAAGUAAAGACCAGCAUGGCACUGACUGAGAAUCUGCUUUCAAAUAAGUUUCGCUUUGAUGCUCGCAUUCUAACAAGAAAUGGCCAUGAUGCAUGUAGAGAACUUAUUGGAUUUCAUUUUGGGUGUGACAGUUCCCUUACCAUCUAUGAAUACAGGCAGUUUGGACAAAACAGAUCAAAUGCCUUGCCUUUUAUUCAGAAAGGAGUUUAUUGCCAUCAGUUUGGACGGAAGAAAGGAAGAAGUAUUGGAAUUGAAGAUUUCUAUGUUGGUGCCAAUUUGACUUUUUUGACAUCAGAGCAUGUGGGACUUCCAGACAGUAUCAAGCAGCAGAAACUGCUAACUGUUCGUAUCACAGAUGUUGAUGAAGCAGGCAUAAGCAUGUUACUGAACAAUUGUAAAGAGAAACAACUUGGCCCCAUUAAACAGGAAGUUGAUGACUGGAAUACGUUCAAAGCUGUGCAAGGAAUGCUCAAGGAAACCCUUCAGAAUCGUGGAGUUCGUACAUUGGUUGGUUUAGUGAAGCAUUUGCAGAGCCUGGACAGGAACGGAGAUGGAGUUUUGCAAAAAGCAGAGCUCAAACGAGCUCUUGGAGACUUUCAUUUAAAUGUGUCUGAUAAGGAUUUUGAGUCAGUGUGGUUGAUACUGGACCAGAACUCUGAUGGUGAGAUUGACUAUGCUGAGUUUAUACGUUUUGUUAUCGGUGAGAUGAAUGAAUACCGGAAGAGGUUUGUUAGAAAAGCAUAUAUGAAGCUUGACCCCAACAAAACCGGUAGUGUCUCUAUGGCUAACAUUAAGAAGUUCUACUGUGCCUGUAACCACCCAAAAGUGUUAUCAGGUGAAACUUCAGAGGAGCAGCUGAAAGUUACCUUUGUGGAAAGUCUGCAAGAAACUUGUAAUAAUCCUAAUGAAGUAUUGUACUGCGAAUUUGAAACUUAUUAUGAAGGACUAAGCAUUGGAAUAGUAAAUGAUGAAGAUUUUACAAAUGUAUUAAAAAACUCUUGGAGAAUAUAAAUGGAUCACAACUUUA